AUGGAUUUAAAACUGCAUACUUUCAACUGGCUCUGCGAAGCCUCCGAUCACCGGGAGCUCCUACUCGCCAGAGAUGGUUUUGAAAGCUGUAAGAUUCAGGUAUUCUGCAUAGCAGAAGAGGGCACAGAAGCCGAGGAGCUAAAGGCUGAUGUGAAAAAGUAUCUGUAUGAUCUGCGGAUGCAAGCUGAGGAUAGAAUCAGAGCAUACCUUUCUCUGAUAAAGGAGACUGCACAAAGAGAAGGGCGGCCACUGAUGGAGGAUGGCAGGCAAAUCGUGGUCAAUGAAGAGAAGGUUGAGAAGUUCCUCUAUAUGAUGCUAAAGCUGAAUACAACUAUCGUCAAGUACUCCAUCUGA